AUGUUGAACAUACUAGUUUUAUGCCCGGUUUUGCUUGCUGCUGCUGUUCAAACACUUACGAUAGACUCUCAACUUGGAACAUCUAUCGAAGAUUGCUUCGAGAGAAUAUCCAUCGGUGAGCAACUACCACAUGACUCCAUCUAUCGUAAUGUAACAGAACUAACUACGCGUGAAUGCGAACAGAUUUGUAAGCAAGACAAGCAGUGCCAGAGUUAUGACUAUGGUGUUGGUGCCAAAGGUAAUGCGACGUGUGACCUGAGCAAGUCCAGCGAAAAAGAAAUAAAAGAGAAGAAUUUGCUCAAUCGUCAUCCUGACUACGACGUUUACGUGCGUCGCUUUCAAUGUGAGCAGUCACCACCUUCUCCAAUAAAGCCACAAUUCGAUGAUCCAGAAGAACCACCUUCUGACAAACCAUCUCACCGCCCAGUCUACAGACCAGUUGAAGAAAAAGUUCCAAACAAUGGAGAGUAUUCAGGAUCUUCAGACUUAGAAUCUUAUGGAGUCCAAAAACCAGUAUACAAGCCUCAGUAUGAUGAACGACCAGAUGACUAUACUAAUCCAAAACCUGACUAUGACUCGGGGCCAAGCUACGGAGCGCAUAAACCACAGGAUACACCAUAUAAACCAGAAAAGCCAGUUGAAAAACCAUCUCAUACUACAAGACCAGAUCCUUACGAUGUAUUGCAGCUUCAAGACCCCUACAGACCAAACGAUAGGCCUGGCUAUCCUUCCAAUGAUUAUGAUAAACCAAACAAAAGACCGUAUUUACCAGAAAAACCAGAAUAUCAAUACGUCACCAGACCUAAGCCAAAACCUCAACAAGAUAGUGUUUACGUCAACAAACCUGACAAUCUUAAGCCUAGUUAUGAUGAAUCCAGUUAUUCAGGUCCAAACAGGCCAGUAACUCAAAAUCAGUAUGCCAAUGGCUAUGGGCCAAAUGUUCCGUAUGAUAACAAUUACAUUCAUGUUGAAAUUAGAGAUCCACCCAGGCCUUAUGAUCGUCCCAGGCCAUCCGACCAGGGUAUUUAUGGUUAUGGUACCUACUCAACCAAUCAUUUCCAUGAUCAGAGCAGUCAUUCCCAAUAUUAUGGAGGUGGAACCCAGAAUGGAUAUGGCUUACUUCCCUCUAAACCUAGUCGCCCGAUUAAUGUGGCUGAUAUGCCAUAUCCAAACUACCUAGAUGGGCAUUAUAACUCAAAACCUUCUUACGAUAAUAACAAACCCUAUGGAGGUAACUAUGCCUCAUACCAAAAUGAUUACGGUAGUCAGGCAAAUUAUGGAAACAGCGCACAGAAACCUUAUGGCUCAAGACCUUAUGGUGAUUAUAACAGACCUAGUAAUGACCCUUACAAUGAUUAUAAAAGACCUAGUCAGGAUAAUUAUGGUGAACAAGGAAGUUAUUAUAGCAAUCAAAGUACUUAUGGUACCAGCCAUGAUAGUUCUUAUGGUACCAGCCAUGAUAGUUCUUAUGGUGGCAGUAAACCGUCAUAUGAAAACGAUACACCCUCAUAUGGUAGUGUACCAGGUUCUUAUGACAGCGGUAAGCCUUCUAACAAUAAUAAACCAUCUUAUGGUCAAAAUGAUCAAAAUUCAUAUGGUAAUUACAAACCCUCAUACAGUGAUGUUAACCCCUCGUAUGGAAACGAGAAGCCUUCAUAUGUGAAUGAGAAACCUUCAUAUGGUAACGAUAGACCUUCAUAUGCUAACGACAACCCUUCUUACAAUAAUGAGAAACCCGAAUAUGGCGCUGACAAGCCUUCAUACAGCAAUGACAAACCUUCUUAUGGCAGCGAAACACCUUCUUACGCAGGCAUUAACCCUACUGCUAAUAAUGAUCAACCUUUCUAUGGUAAUGAUAAACCAUUAUAUGGCAAUGGCAGCAAUAAGCCAGGUUACGGAAAUAACCGCCCUUCUUACAAUAAACCAUUACAUAAUAAUGACUCACCAUCUUAUGAGGCUAACAAACCAACUUACGGUAAUGAUGAACCGCCAUAUGGAGGUAUUAAACCAUCGUAUGGGACUAAUUUAGCCGAAUAUGGUUCCAAACCAAUAUAUGGUUCAUAUGGUACACAGCAAGACUCGUAUGAUGGAAAUCAGUACUACGAAGGUAGUCAGUCAUAUUACGGUAGUAGUCAUCAAAAUUACCACAGUUCAAGCGGUUACGGAGGAUCCUAUGGUGGAAGUCAAACAUUACACGGAAGUCAAAAUGAUUAUAUUAGGCCGUCAUAUGCAAGCAACCGGCCAUCGUCAGAUCAACCAACUUAUGGUAGCAGUCGACCACCAUCAGAUCAACCCUCGUACGGAAGUAGCCGACCAUCAUUAGAUCAACCAUCGUACGAUAGCAAUCGACCAUUAUCAGAUCAACCAACAUAUGGUAGCAGUCGACCACCAUCAGAUCAACCUUCCUACGGUAGUAACCGACCAUCAUCAGAUCAACCAUCGUACGGUAGCAAUCGACCAUUAUCAGAUCAACCAACAUAUGGUAGCAAUCGACCAUUAUCAGAUCAACCAACAUAUGGUAGCAGUCGACCACCAUCAGAUCAACCUUCCUACGGUAGUAACCGACCAUCAUCAGAUCAACCAUCGUACGGUAGCAAUCGACCAUUAUCAGAUCAACCGACAUAUGGUAGCAACCGACCGUCAUCAGAUCCACCAUCAUACGGUAGCAAUCGACCAUUAUCAGAAGAGCAUUCGUACGGUAGCAGUCGACCACCAUCAGAUCAAUCUUCCUACGGUAGUAACCGACCAUCAUCAGAUCAACCAUCCUACGGUAGCAACCGACCUUUAUCAGAAGAGCCAUCGUACGGUAGCAACCGGCCGUUAUCAGAUCCACCAAAAUAUGGUAACAAUCGACCACCACCACAUCGACCUUCCUACGGUAGCAACCGGCCGUUAUCAGACCAACCUUCCUACGGUAGCAACCGACCAUUAUCAGAAGAGCCUUCGUAUGGUAGCAAGCGGCCGUUAUCAGAUCAACCAACAUAUGGCAACAAUCGACCACCACUAGACCGACCUUCCUACGGUAGCAACCAGCCGUUAUCAGACCAACCUUCCUAUGGUAGCAACCGGCCGUUAUCAGACCCACCUUCCUACGGUAGCAACCGACCAUUAUCAGACCAAUCUUCCUACGGCGGCAACCGACCGUCAUCAGAUGAACCAUCAUACGGCAGCAACUGGCCAUCAUCAGAUCAGCCUUCAUACGAUAGUAACAGACCUGGCUACGGAGAAAAACCACAGAAGCCUAAUCCAAUUUAUGGAGGAAAUGACGACACGAGCUCAAGUUACGGUGGUUCUAAUAAUAGUCCUGCAUACGAUGAAAACCGUCCAGAUCAUAUCAGUCCAGAUAACACCGGUUUUGGUGACACUGACUCCGGUUACGGCGGUAAAUCACCCAAUAAAACUGGUGUCAGGCCGGUAUAUGAGUAUGAGUUUGAUAAACCAAUUAAUGCGCCCAGCUAUAUAGCCAGGCCAGGAGGGCAGGUGGUGACUUCGAAACCAAUGGCGAUUGGACACUUUGAUGAUCUAGGUUACUUCAGGAACUCAGAUACACCAGCUUCUUAUGAGGCCUGCUUCCGUCGCGUGCUCGCAGGUAAGCGAGCACUUCGGAGCCACGUCCGAAGAGUGGUACCGUGCGAGAGGCUGGAAGACUGUCGAAGAGAAUGUGCUACAGAGAAGAGAUUCCCAUGCGAAAGCUUUAAUUAUAGAUUAGACCGCAGUUUCCGUGGUAGAGGCCUUUGUGAGCUGAUGACAAAACCGAUUGAAGCGUUUGACCUGCUUCGUGACUUCGUCGAAGACAAAGAGUUUGAUUUCUUUGAGCUUGACCGUAACAGCUUGGAACCAAAUUGUCCAGAAACUCUAAGAGGACCGGGGAUCUUGCAUUCUGGUUUCCUUUCUUCUAAGAGCAAUCAAGUUUCAGGUUGGACAGAUAAAAAUGAUUGGUUUGAUGGGAGACAUAGAGACAGAAACACUGUUGACAGGAGAGGUGGUUAUGGAAACAGAAAUCAUGACAGGAUCUACAUCCCUUAUCAAAUAAAUCAAGGUUUAGGCCGAAGUGACGAAGAUGAAGCCUGGGGUCAAUAUGGCGGAGGCUAUGGAGGAACAGAUAGAUACUACAAAGACAGAAACGAUUAUCACAAAUCUGUUUCACAUUGGAGACUGGCCAGUGAUAUUGAUAUACCUUACCAUGGAGUCAAACAUUAUUCUAAUAACCACUUCGAUUAUAAUACUCUUGGAAAGAAUGGUGGAGAUGGAUCAUGGAAAUAUGGUCAUGGGUCCUGGAAAAGAGGCCGUUGGAAUAGUUCUGGGAAUAAUAAUGGACUGCAGUAUGAAGAGUCAAAUUUUUAUAAACCGAAGUCCCAUUUUCAUGGGGUUAAUGAACAUGGGCAUGACCCGAUAGAACGGAGUGACGAUGGGUUUACUAAAGACUGCUCCUCCCGCCGUAGACCAGGGAUGUCUCUAGGAUCUGGUGCUAUCAGACGAUCACUCCUAUCCCAUAACGUUGUGGAAUGUGAGGCCGCUUGCUUUGGUGAAAGGGAAUUUAAAUGCGUGUCUUACAGCUUCAGGUAUUCAAGUGCCCAUGGCGCUGACAAUUGCUUUUUAUCCGAACGCCCAUAUCGAGGUCUAGAGCUUGCUGCAGAUAGCAGUUCUGAUGUUUAUGCGAUGCCACAAGAUCAGGGCUGUGUCACAAUCAAUUAUAAGCCUUGGGUUGAGAGUGAAUGCUUCUGGCACGUCAGAUCUGGUUAUGCAGUAAGCGACACGGCAAUAAGAGCAGCAUUAACUGUUGGUGGACUUGGAGCUUGUGAAGCUGAGUGUAUCAGAGCCCACAGUUUCUUCUGUAGAGGGUUUAGCUUCAGGUACGAUUCAGUAACUAUAGGUGAUGAUACAGAGAAUUGUAUUCUCACUUCUUCCCCACCGACGUCUUUGGACAACGGACAUGGUCUUCGUCCCAGUACUGGACAUGAGUUGUAUGCCCGUGGGAAUUAUGGAAGAGGUUGUGAGCCAGCGCUAUAUGAUGAUGCACAAAAUCGGGAUGAAGAAUGCUACCUUCAGUAUGAAAAAGCCGCAAAGCUGACGGGAUCCGCCAUACGCGGUCAAGCUCGAGUCAAAGACGAGCAAUCAUGUGGGCAUGCGUGUAACGAUGCGCCAUUUACUUGUUUGAGCUUUUCCUUCAAUAACAAUGCACCCCCAAAUACAGACAACUGUUUACUAUCCGAAAUACGUCUGUUUGACCUUCAACGAGGAGUGGACUACGUCCACUCAGCCGACGACUGGCUGUUUGCCUUCGAUCUGUUCAAUGGACAAUGCUGGAGGAAGAUUCAUUCACACCACUUCGACGAACCUUCACCAGAAAUACCUCGCCCGCUAUCACUACCUCCAGUCAAAGAUCCAUAUUCGAUAUCAGUACCACCAUCUGGACCUCCUGGAAUAACUGGACCUUCCGGUCCUUCUGGACCUGGAUAUCCACCAGAUCAUGAGCCACCUUUUAUUCCAUCAGGCCCACCAAGUGGUCCAGGGUACAAACCUAGCCCACCUAGAUACCCACCCCACCCGAACCUUGAUUAUCCAGAACAUUCUGUGCCUGGUAAGCCUCAUUAUCCUCCUGGACCCAGUCAGAAACCAGAAUAUUCAGCACCUCCUGGUCCAGUACUAAAGCCUGGAUAUCCUGGACCAAGCUUCAAACCAGGAUAUUCUGGACCUUCCGGCGAUGAUUUUAAGCCUGGCUACCCUGAACUAAGUUUUAAACCUGGAUAUCCCGCUCCACCUGCUCUUGAUUUUAGACCUCAAACUAACUUUAGACCAGGCUAUGAUGAUCUGUCUGGACCUGAAUAUCCCGGUCCACCUAGGCCUGAUUUUAAACCUACUUUCAUUGAUCCUUCUGGACCUGGCUAUAAACCAGGUCCUAAUUUUAAACCUGGAUAUCCUUCCGACGCUGCAUCUAAUUUGAAACCUGGAUAUCCUCCCGACUCUGCAUCUAAUUUGAAACCUGGAUAUCCACACAUUGAUAACUUUAAACCUGCCUAUCCACCUCCUGCACAACUUGAUUACCCUACAGGGCCUCCUAGUCCAAACUACAGACCUGGGUACCUACCAGAUCCUGAUAUUAGACCUGUUUUACGACCAUCUGGACCGCAAAAGCCAGCAUUCAGACCAAUUGAUCGAGAUUUUAUACCAGGAAAACCAGGUUACUUACCAGAAAAGCCAGGCUAUUUGCCGGACCGUAGACCAGAAUAUGUUGGACCAAAUAGACCAUUAUCGGAUAUACCCAAACCUAGUAGACCAGUUGGAAGACCUGGUUUUCCAGAUAGAGACAUUGAGGAACCAAUGACAGCGUCGUGGCGCCAUUAUACAGUGUCAGGAUUCCCUUGCCGAGAUGGAACCACUUGUGCCCAGAACCAUAUAGCAGGACAUUGGGCGUGUGAGCCUGAAGGUGGAGAGAUUGGAUCUUGGGACUACUGUUGCGCUCCAACUCACAGGUGCGGUUACAGCGAAGGGUUCCAUAAGCCAUGGUGCUAUGUAGGCCCUGCAGAUGAUCAGUGGCGACCUUGCAGUGAAAAAUAUUAUCCGUACCAUCAACACAAGGUUCCUCAUCCAUCUCAAGGGCAUCAGAACUCACCAGGACAAAGAGAACCUGAUCGUCCACCCCAAAGACCUUGGAACAAUCUACCAGGACCGCCAGCUCCCCCACCGGUAUUUAACGAUAGACCUCAAGGACCACCAAGACAGCCAAGUUUCGAACGACCUCAAGGUCCUUACUUAUCAGAAGCUGAUAGAAGAUAUUGGGAUGAGCUGUAUUCGAAUGGACCUCAAGCGUAUUAUGAUAAAUUUGGAAACCCACUUCCAGGUUACUCUCGAGUGCCUACUGAAGAACGACCACAUAUUAAAUAUAGUCAUAAUAAUCCCCCUCCCGGUACUGGACAAUGGCUGCAAGUUCCUCAAGAUAGGGGAGACAUGCCACCUCCUACGUUAGGAGUACCCAGAUACUGGCCAGUAGCUUAUCUCCACAAAGGGCCACCUCCCAACACAACCUACUUCCGCUAUAACGAAACUCAACCAGAGUCAAGUUCAACCACAACAGAAAGAUAUAAGUAUACAACAACACAACGAGAACCACAAUCAACAACAACUUCACAACCUAACAACGUUGAAAAGCGUAGAGAUGAAAAACAGAGAAAUAUAAGUGUCUUUGAAAAUGUCACUCCGGAAGUGACGACAGUCAAAGUAAAACCUACCACAACAGAGUUACCCGAUGUAAAAGAAGAAGUUAAGGAGAAUAAAACAGAGAUAGAGAUCAUAAAACCAGUAAAUGCUAAAGUGAAAGAUGUUAUUAAAGGUAUCGAUGAUAAAUUAGAUGAUUUCACAGAAUCAAUAGAAGUGUUAGAUUUAGAUGAUGUGAAAGGAGAUAAACCAUCUGAUUUAAAAACUUUAGAGGCCGAGGAAAGACAGAUUGAAGAAAUAGGCAGGAUUUUAGCUUCAAGAAGAGGUGGAAAAUUAGUUUUAGAUAAUAGAUCACAAAAAGAUUUAGAAACUAAAAAUAUAGCUAUUGAUAAGGAACUAACAGAUUAUAAUUUUGGUAAUAGAUUUAAUAUUGAAAGGAGAGGAAUCAUUCAAAAAGUAAGUAAAGAUGAAAUUGAAAGAGAGAGGAAUGCAGACAAAAGCUUAGAAGUGAGUGAGACAGCAUACGUUCGUCCUCCUAGAAUAUUAUCAACCACAGACAAUAUACGGAAAGCCAUAGUUAAUGGAAAAGUUUUCUAUGACGCCACGAUAAGACAACAAAGAGAAGCUUUUGUUGCCAACUCUACUCGAAGAGCUAAGAAUUUGAGGAAUGCAGAUGACUCUAAAAUCUCUAAUUUAGCUACAGCAUCCAAUUUUGGUAAGAAAAUUAUAAAACCAAGAAAUGUUAAUCCUGUACGAAGGGUUAGAAGAGUUUAUAAAAAGAGGUAUAAUCCAGAUGAGGUUAGAAGGAGAUUGCUAGAGAGAGAGAAGAGUAAAGAGAGUAGCGCGGACACUUCAAGAACAGUUUGA